GUGUGUAGGUGGUUCCUGGAAAAGGCAACUAGGGCGAAGGCCUGAGGCUGGGAAUGAGGGUGGGGCCUACAGAGGAAGAAUGCAACUCAGCCUAGUUUUCUGGAAGAGCUAGAGCCACAGGAGCAAGAAGAUAAGACGAACGUAGCCUCAGAACCCAGAUGCCAGGCCUUUCCUUGGGAGCCAUAUAUCUGACUUCAGUGAAGACCAGGCUUCCACACGGAGGCUCUCGACACUGGCCCCCUCCUGUCUGUGCCGCCCUGAGCAGCAUGCAGCCCCUGGGCCUCGAGGGUACCCCCGCGAUCCUCCGGCGAUCUCUGCUACGUCUCCUGCUCCUAAUGCUGCUGCUGCCGCCGCGGCCUAUAACCCGUGCCCAAAACACACCGGGAACCUCCAGCUCUCCGACCCCGCCAGCCACUCCCAGCUCCCGCGCCAAGCCGGCUGCUUCCAGCGCCCCAAGUCUGCGGGAGCGCGCGCGAGCCCUGAUGCGGGACUUCCCUCUCGUGGACGGCCACAACGACAUGCCCCUUGUUCUGAGGCAGUUUUACGGCAACAGACUACAGGAUGUCAAUCUGCGCAAUUUCAGCCAUGGCCACACCAGCCUGGACAGGCUUAGAGAUGGUCUCGUGGGCGCCCAGUUCUGGUCAGCCUACGUCCCCUGCCAGACCCAGGAACGGGAUGCCUUGCGCCUCACCCUGGAGCAGAUCGACCUCAUCCACCGCAUGUGUGCCUCCUAUUCUGAGUUGGAGCUUGUGACCUCAGUUCAAGCUCUGAACAACACCCGGAAGUUGGCUUGCCUCAUUGGUGUGGAGGGUGGCCACUCGCUGGACAGUAGCCUUUCCGUCUUGCGUUCCUUCUAUGUGCUGGGUGUGCGCUACCUGACAUUCACUCACACAUGCAACACACCGUGGGCAGAGAGCUCAGCUAAGGGCAUCCAUUCCUUCUACAAAAACAUCACUGGGCUGACCAGGUUCGGUGAGAAAGUGGUGCUGGAAAUGAACCGCUUGGGCAUGAUGGUCGAUUUGUCCCACGUCUCAGACACUGUGGCUCGAAGAGCCUUGGAAGUGUCACGGUCACCUGUGAUCUUCUCCCACUCGGCUGCCCAAGGUGUGUGCAAGAAUGCCAGGAACAUUCCUGAUGAUAUCCUACAGCUUCUGAAGAAGAAUGGUGGCAUCGUGAUGGUGACUUUGUCAGUGGGGGUGCUGCAAUGCAACCCAUUAGCCAACGUGUCCACGGUGGCAGAUCACUUUGACUACAUCAGAGCAAUCAUUGGAUCCAAGUUCAUUGGGAUUGGCGGAGAUUAUGAUGGGGUCAGACGGUUCCCUCAGGGGCUGGAGGACGUGUCCAUGUACCCAGUUCUGAUAGAGGAGUUGCUGAGUCGCGGCUGGAGUGAGGAAGAGCUCCAGGGUGUCCUUCGCGGAAAUCUGCUGCGGGUCUUCGGACAGGUGGAGCAGGUACGGGAGGCAAGCAAGGGGCAAAGCCCGCUGGAGGAUGAGAUCCCAGAUGAGCAGCUGGGCAGCUCUUGCCGCUCUGUUCUCUCACGUCUGCACCAGACACGGUACAUGGCUCCAGACCAGAAACUAACUGAGCCUUCAGAGCACUGGAAACCUAAGGGGUCACCUAGACAAUCAUUGUCAAAAUCUCCCCCCAGAGUGGCUCCAGGCCUCACAGUUAUUGCUGCCUGUUUAGUCCUUAUUCUGUGGUUCUGGUGACCCAGUUAAUCCUACCAGAUGUUACUAUGGCAGCUACAGACACCACACAAUGUUCCCCCCCAUCAUGCAGGCACAAACAUUUCCUGAAAAUAAAUGUUUUACACAUGGAA